AUGGACGCUCUUCCUGACCUCAUCGAAUUCCCAAUUGACUUUGUUGGCCAAAGAAAAGCUAACCGUUUGACCAACCUACUCCUCUUCAGCGGUGCCGCCCUUUCUGUGCUCGUCGGUUUCGUCUCCCAGAGCUUUAUCAAUACCAUCUACGCGUUUGCCGGGGUCUUUGUGUUGACCCUCGUUGCUAUUGUUCCAGCCUGGCCGUAUUUUAACAAGAAUCCGGUUGUCUGGUUGAAGCCCAAGAAGAUUGAAAUUCUGUUGUAA